CAGAGGGAGCGCGUCUGCAGCGGCGGCGGGUGAUGGUGACGAGAGCGCGAGCUACAGAGAGAGAGAGAGAGAGCGCUCACCGCCUCCCGUCCUCCGCCAGAGCGGAGUGGGACCCCCCACCCCCAUCCACACCAACACCCAGGGCAUGGUAGCUAGGAAGUAUGCGAGAUAACGCCCAAGGAGGGAAACACAAGCAGCUGAUUGAUUCUCGAACAUCCCAUCCCAUUAUCCUCCAAGUAAGAGUGACUGCUCAGCAGGGAAAUGGAGUUCCAAGGUAGGAGGGAGAAGCCUCCAUCGAUGGAGGGCUGGUUCCAGGAACACAAGGGAUACGCAGCUUCAAAUUUGGUAGAGGGGAGGGUACAGAAGGAUGGAAGCCCCUCCUCGGCUAAUCACAGUACCUGCAACAACCUGUCAAAAAAGAGGAAAGCGGUCUUUGAAGAGUUGUCAGAAAAGGCAGUGACUGACUGGGGGCUGGCACCCGACUGGGAAAUGGCGGGGUGCAGCGUUCCCUUUCAGAAGGCCACGGAGUCUUGGGUUAGUUCUAAUCAGUCAGACAAUAAUUGUACCUUCUCCUCCAACAGUGUGGGCUGUGGUCUGUAUGCUGUGGCUGGAGGCGCAGACCAACAACGGACCCUGAUGAACAGGUGCAGGGUCUCACCAGCCACUAAAUCCUGCCGAGGAAUGAAGCGGAGGCGGUUUCGGAAGAGGUGGAAGUUGAUGCAGGCCUUCCAGAUGCUCCUGUAUCGCCGGAUUUCUCCGCUGACCUUCCACUGGAGGGUCUGGAACUUGUUCAGGAAGAGACGUGUGCCCCGCCUUCACGGGGCCAAGCACAGCCCAUCCAGUACUCAGCAGUUGGCGGGUGAGCCAUUGGAGAAUGCAAGGGAUUGGAAAGCCCAUCCAGAGUGUCUGGAGACAGGUGAGAUGUUCAGCUCCGGGGUGGUUCCUGACUUUGUGCCGGGAAUCCUGUGCUCAGAGAGUCACCGGGCCUCCCGUUCGCUGGAAGGCAGCAACAGCAAUGUGUGGAUGAAGUCUGGCAACAGAAGUCCCAAUGUGAGGCUGCAGGGUCUGCCCUCCAGCAAUUGUCAAUCCUGGCCCAAGGACUUCCGGCUCCCAAACCAAGGGAGCGCCAUGGAGAAUGCCACCAACUUGGCAGUGGCAGCAACAUCCGGUUCUUUCAGGGGCAGCGCUGCAGCUGACUUCUCAGAGAAGCCAAAGGAAGGUUUGGGCAUGUUGGCGCAGACCAACAGCCACGCGGUUUCCAGAGCUGGUCGGCCACUGGCUGGCAUGGACCAUGGAGAAAAUACUCACCAAGGAGCAACGUUGCUGGGAAAGCUGUCCCUGGACCGAGACCACCCCUUGUAUUCCCGAUAUGUGGCCCGGCCCAAGGAGGCAGUUCACGUUUGCCGAGACGAAGCCGCUGGGGACAUUUUGAGCCACAGCUCGAUUAAUCUCAGUGCUCAGGAGCAGGCGAGAGGCCAUCAGUCCAGCCGGACAAAGUCAGAGGAGACAGACCUCUCUGCUGGUCACUCAACAUUCGGUGGCAUUGGAGCUGAUCUUGCUCGUUCUGCCCUUUGGGAUAAUGUUGCAGAUAUGUUGGGAGUAAACGGUCACCCCCUGAGUGACCCGGAUGAAGUGCUCCCCUCGGACAGUGGCGUUGAAUGCCAGCGGGUGGUUGGAGAGGACGAUGGCAUCGUCAUCAGUCAUGUGUGCAGCAUUGGCUCACAGAUGGUGGAGCAGCUGUUUGGCAGCGAGGAUGACAGCAGAGAGGGCAGCUCGGCAAGUCUUAGCAAGCACAAGUGUGAGUCCGACAGCCAAGCAGGUGCCACUGGAGAAUCGGAGACAGACGGAGCUACCACGGGGCAGUGCAAGACCAGCGACCGAGCCAGUGCAAACCAUGUGUCAGCAAUGAGCAAUGAGCACAUAGCUUGCAUUCAUGGGCUCCUGGAUGAGUAUAUCCAAACCUAUGGCAGUUUGAUACCCCUGAACACUGAUGAUGUGAUUGAGAAGCUGCAGGGUGUUUUUGAAGAAGAUUUCUCAACUCCACACAGAAAGAACCUGAUUCAGCACGUGAUGCAGUCGUACCACCGAAUGAUUGGGAAUAAUGCUGUUCGAAAUUUUCGAGUCACAUACAAGAGGCAUGUGCUCACUAUGGAUGACCUCUCCACAUUGUAUGGCCAGAACUGGCUGAAUGACCAGGUUAUGAACAUGUAUGGAGAUCUCGUUAUGGACACAGUCCCUGAUAAGGUUCACUUCUUCAACAGCUUUUUUUACGACAAACUGAGAACCAAGGGGUACGAUGGCGUGAAGAGAUGGACUAAAAAUGUUGACAUCUUUAAUAAAGAUCUGCUCUUGAUUCCCAUUCACCUGGAGGUCCACUGGUCACUGAUCUCUGUUGACGUGCGUGAGAAGACAAUAACGUACUUUGACUCGCAGCGAACCCUGAACAGGAGGUGCCCCAAGCAUAUUGGGAAGUACCUCCAGGCGGAAGCCAUCAAGAAGAACCGCCAGGACUUCUACGAUGACUGGAAAGGAUAUUUCAAAAUGAAUGUUGCAAGGCAAAACAAUGACAGUGAUUGUGGAGCCUUUGUACUUCAGUUCUGUAAGUGUCUGGCUCUGGGACAACCGUUCAGCUUCACCCAGCAGGACAUGCCCAAGCUCCGGCGCCAGAUCUACAAGGAACUUUGCAACUGCAAGCUGACUGUGUGAAGAGCCUGCUCCCAGAAAUUGGCUGACACAAGCCUAACAUUGGGUGACCGACCAGAUAAAAUGCAUCCUUUUGUGAACAUUACAAAGAUGGCACAAGAAGGCUUGAUUCAACAAUUCCAGUCUUCAAAUGUGUUGAAACAUGAAACUGUUUUCUUUUUCCUUUUUUAAACAAGCAAACUUUUUUUUCUAUGCCAUAUUUUUUCAAUUAUUUAAGUGUUGUUCAAAUUUGAAAUUCUGGUUAACAAUGUUGUAUUAUUAAACCAGGAUCACAGGACUAAAAGGCAGCAAUGGAUUCACAUAAAGGCAUUGGAUAUUUAGCAUCUUUAAAGCUGUCCAUUAGCUGGCCUGUGAAUUAGGGGAGAAAGUGAUUAUGCAGGAUCGGUGACUCUCCAUGUGGACUGUCAGGUUUUAGUUCCGAGGCUUGCUUGUCACUUGGAACUAUUUUCUAGGAGCUCUCAGUCAGCAGCCUAAACCAAGUGGCUUGGUGCAGAGAAGUCUCUCAUUUUUGGAUGGCUAGGGGAGGGAACAUGGUGCUGCCUGUUUUGUAUGGCUACACUGACAUUAUUGCCCCUGAUAGUCAAAGAAAGGUUGUGGCCUACUGCUGUGUGGAGUGGCAUUAGGAGGAGAGUAGGCUGUCUUCAAUACCUGUGAAGCUUUUGAGUAUAAGAAGAGGUUGCGUCUAUUGAAAUUCAGUUAAAUUAACUUGAAAGUGAUGGUUAGUCACUGUCCAAAUCCACCAAAUCCUAUUAAAGACGUUGAUGUUAUGUUCUAUAUGAUGUCCUUUUCAGUUUGUAUGUUUAAAGAAAAAGCUGGGACUUAAUAUUGUGACCAAAAUGUGGAUUUGUAAAGCCUUUGGGUUUGUUUUUGAAUGGAGAAGUAAACUGCAGUAGCCUGACACCAUAAACCUCAUGUACCUCACUAAAUGCGUGUCUAGUAGCAAUGUGCAACAAUAUGAUGCUCCCAACACCCAUGGUAAAAAUCUGAUUGGUUAUGUCAUAACAACUGUAGUACUCUUGCCAAGCAUCCUUCUAAGUGUCCACACAGUUCAGUUUUACCAUUAUUAGUAAUUGUGUUUCUAUAUGAAGAAUAUAGGGCACUUAGUUGGGAUGGGGGUAGUGAGUUGCAACUUGAUGGAAUAUCGGUUUUACUUGAAAUCUUUGUUAUCAAAUGAAUUCAGCAUGAUAAGCAUUAAAUGGAUUACCUUCUGCCUGUACCUCUAUCUCUCAUUGCUUAGUAUGGGUCUAAAGAAUAAAAUACUGGAUAGCUUUUCAUCUUUUAUUUAAAGUGGGAACUCAGAAUGAUAUGGUGGCAUUUCAGCUAUGAUUGCACUCAUCCAUCUUUGUGGUAUGUGGUAAUGGAUAGCUGAAAGUUCCUUCCCAAAAUUAGUUUCUUUAAAUUUAAUUUAUGAAAUGUGUUUUAUGGUGCCUUCAUUGCCAAUCUGAACAUCAGUUCCUUGAGAUGUUUGGGCAUUGCUAGCACCUAUUCCUAUUGUCACUCCCAAAUGCAGAGCUACAGAGCAACAUUGCUCACUUUACGUUUUCAUCUCUCGGUCUCAAGUUCAAAUCCACAACAGACAAGAAUAUAAAGCACUUUAGUGGAGCAAAGCAGGUAUGAAUGACCAUGGGUUCUUACUAUAGAUUGCUACUUAAUCAACAGCCGUACUCAAACUGGAAAUGAAACUGUCAGUGGGGAUUACUGUUCUGUGUUUGGAUUGAAGGGACUUCUGUUGGGACAGGAUUGAGGGAACUUUGCUUGGUAUAAAUCCAUUUGUACCUAACUUGAGUUCUUGAUGUUGAUGAUAAUGAUGUUGGGAAAAUAUUCCACCCCUCAAUACUUCAUUGAAAUUUAAAAUUGUAGAAAGGCAGUGUCAGCUGUUCUUGGAAAGUGUUCAGUGCAUGUAUUUAACAUGCUGUGGUGUGAUUCCUUAUGUUUGUUUUGUGCAUUCACUGUACUAUCUGGCUGCUUCAUGAAUAUAAUGAAGGGUUUAAAAGGUACUUUUAAAGACACUGAGUUAAUCUUGAAACCUUUUUACAUCUAGAGAUGGAAAGGUGAAGGCUCAGUAAGUGAGAUGAUUCAAAGGCUUGAGAUUUUAUUUUGGGCUAAAUCUGCGAAAACUGAUACUGAUCUUACAUCCCUAAUACUCUAAAUGACAUUUUAUUAAUGACCUUAGUUUUUGAUUGGAGAAUUAAACAGCAGAUUCACUUGCCUAAUUAUAGGGGUUUUGGGGGACAAGUCUUAAUUCUCCUGCAUUUGCAAUCGCAAUCAUUUGUCACCUUAAUUUUCAUAACACAAGGAUUUCCUUAACUCCUGCAACUACAUGCAACAUAAUUCAGAUGUGAACAUGACAAUCCUAUAGCUGAGUAGAAGAAAGCAACAGUUGAAUUGUUGCAAACUUUUGAUCUGGUUUAUUUACCAUAUGUUUUGUUGGCGGGGGGCGCGGAGGCAAGCAGGAGUAUUCCUGGUUUGGAGUCAAGGUUUUAUGUUUAGGCAGUAAACACCAAUAUUGGCAUGGUUGGGCGGGGGGGGGGAUUGCCGUAAUCUACUUGGCCUCAGUCGAAUUGUUUCAUGUUAAUUGCCUCCAUGUAAUGUAGUGAGCAAUUAGUUUUGAAGCCAGUGGAAUUUUGUGUGUGAAACUGAUUUCUGUGUCAGCCUUCCUCCCCAUGCCUCUGUCUGGUAAGUUAAUUGCUGUUGUAUAGCACCCUAUCAUUUCACUAAAAAGUGUGAUCCUCAUAUGGUUAAAAAUAGAACAUGCAGAAGAAAAUCUAUAAACAGUCAAACCUCUCGCUGGAUUGUUGGGAGGUUACUGAUGGUUUGCAUGCUUCCACCUGCUCUUACAUUUCUAUCCUCCCUCGAACUCUGGUCACAUUUACAAACAUAAUAUUUUGGAGUUUCAAACUGAAACCUGGAUACAUUGCUGUGGCAACAAGGAAGGUGUAGAGCUGGAUGAACACAGCAGGCCAAGC